AUGCCGGAUCUUGCAGGAUCCUCAGAAUUCCACACUAACAUAACUUUAGAUCCUUCUCCAACGCUGGAUCCUCAUAUAUGGAGCAACUUGCAACCGGAACUGGUGGCAAGAAUUCUUGCACACUUGCCUCUGACAUCGCUCUUCCACAAAAGACUUGUGAGCAAGAGCUGGGAUAGAGAGAUAUAUUCGGUACAAGAUAUAAGAGACGUUUCAAUACGCCAGAAUCUCCGGUCGUGGCUGGUUUUGUUUGAGAAUGGAGGUCCAGUAAAUCCUCACAAGUUGCACGCAUACGAUCCUAUACGAAUUGAUUGGCAUACAUUCACCACAAUCCCCCACUUUGCAACUGUGCAAAAAAUCGGGGGGUUGUCUCUGUGUGGAGCGGCUGCUGGGCUACUGGUGUACAAAAUUAGUUCCCUGAAAAGCCAUUUCAUCCGGUUUGGUGUCUUCAAUCCCAUUACCAGGUCGUGGAAGGAGCUCCCUCCAUUGCUCAAGCGUCGACAGAAGCCCGUCGUCAACAUGUACUGGGAGGAUUCCGGUUUCGAACCGUCCACUCGUGUCGGGGGCCACUAUAAAUUAGUCGUCGCCGGCGGCCUCGAGUAUGGCCUGCAAGUGGUUACUACGGAGGUUUAUGAUUCUAGAACCGAGAGAUAG